AACAAGCAGCAGCAGCAGCCAUCACCAAUGAUAUUACAGCAACACCAACAGCAGCAGACCCCAACAGCAGCAGCAGCAGCAGCAGCAGUCCUACUACCGCCACCAACGCCACCAACAGCAGCAGCAGCAGCAGCAGCGCGACACCAGAGAUGCAGCUGCUGCAGCUUGCAUGCAGACAUCUGCAGUCCCUUCUUGCUUCCCCUGACCCCAACAUCUGCUUCCUCGCGCUGCACUUGCUGCAGCAAACAUUCAAUAAAAGGAGACAAUUAGUGCAGCCCUUGCUGUGUCUGCUGCCAGGGCUGCAGCAGCAAAUGCUACAGAGUGCAAGGAGCGGAGACAGUAUGCUGCGUAAGGCAGGUGUCUCCUUAGUUGCUGCAUCUGCUGCUCCUGCUGCUUUCCCUGCUGCAUGCGAGCGCAUGCUUGCUGCUGCAUUUGAUGCUGCUAACAGCAGCAGCAGCAGCAGCAGCAAACAUGCUGCUGCUGCUGUUAGCCCUGCAGAUUUUAUUAUGCCUGUUGUACAGAUGGCAGCAAAGAAUGACUACGAGUUGAUAGAGGACUUUGAGUGGUAUGUGGCGGUGUUGGUGGACAUUGCAUGCAACUGCUGCAGGAGCAGCAGCAGCAGCAGCAGCAGCAGCAGCAGUGGUGAUGCUGCAGUUGCUGCUGCAGUUGCGCAGCAGCUACUGGAUAUAUCCGUACGUGUCCCUGAGGUACGACCCUGCAGCACACAUCUUUGCAUGCUGCUGCUGGAGGCAGCAGCAGCAGCAGCAAAAUCUAAGCUACCAGGCAGCAGCAACAGCAGCAGCAGCAGCAGCAGCAGCAGCAGCAGCAAUAGCUUGGAGGUAUUAAGGGCACUGAGGCAGCAGCAGAGGGAGAGCCACAUCAGCAGCAACUCUCUUGAUGACUGUAUGGGGAAGCUGCACACCAACAACCCCAACAGCAGCAGCAGCAACAGCAACAGCAGCAGCAGCAGCAACAACAGUCAGGUGUCUAUACACCCCGAUGUUAUACGUGCUGCUGGAUGGAUCGUAGGGGACCCGUCGUUGCGGCCGCAGGUGCAGCGCGUGCUGCUGUGGGGAGCAGCAAAGGCUUUCUUAACAUUAGGUGCAGCAGCACAAGGCAAGUUGCUGCUGCAGCGGCAGGAGGAAGAUGAGCAGCAGCAGCAGCAGCAGCAGCAGGACCCAAAGGCAGAGAGGGAAGAAGCAGCAGCUGCAGCAGCAGCAGCAGUGCAACGCCUGCAGCACAGGGUAAAGGCAGCAGUAGAAGCAGCACGCAGCAGCACAGACGCAGAGCUGCAACCUCCCCCUGAGUUGGAUUUAGGGAAGCCUUUCUUAGAUGCUGCUUUGCUGCAGCAGCAGCUUGACGCCAGAUUGAGACGCCAGCAGCAGCUGCAGCAGCAGCAGCAGCAGCAGCAGCAGAGGGGAGCAGCAGGUGGCUCAGCAGAACUGCAGCAAGACUGCGGUGGCUGCUCUCCUCUAGUGCAGCAGCAGCAGCAGCAGCAGACGCCAUGGGCAUCUACAGGUAAGAAGAAAUUUAAUGUCAUAAGAAAGGCUAUUGCACCCGAGUCUGCUGCUACGACGCAGCAGCCUGCAGCAGCAGCAACAGCAGCAGCAGCAGCAACAGCAGCAGCACCAGCAGCAGCAACAGCACCAACAGGAAAUGUUGCACAAAAGCAACAACAGCAACCAUCCGCAGCAGCACCUGCUGCUGCUCCGGAGCCACACGAACAAAGGAUGCAGCAGCAGACACAACAGCAGCAACAGCAGCAACAACAACAGCAGCAGCAACAACUGCAGCAGCAGCUGCAGCAGCAACUUGGGCAACUGUGGCAGUGCUGCGCUACCUGUCUCCUUAAGUCUUUUGCUGCGGGCAGCGCAGCAAGGCCCCACAGGUCUUUAUAUUAG